CUUAAGCGCUCUCUAGUAGUCGAACAUACGUACUAAGUUUCUGCUUCUGCAUUCAAUUCGUCUACUCUUGAGUGGAUAGAGUUUAUGAUAACGUGAAGUGAUUAAAUUUGACGAAUUUAAGUCGUGUUGACGCGUAACAGUAGUAUAAUUGUGCAUAUAAAACAUUUUAUAUUUGUGAAUUAUUAACAAUUGACAAAUAAGAAGAAUACGUCAAUAUGGUUCAACAAUAUCAAUCACCUGUUCGAGUUUAUAAGCACCCAUUUGCCCUUGUCAUGAUGGCCUAUGAACGCAGAUUUCCAACGUGUCCGCAGAUACCAGUAUUUGUAGGAUGUGAUGUUACAUUAGAUGAAGAAAGUGAAGAUGGUGCAAUUAGAACAACUGAAAGAAGAUGUAAAUUAAAUGUUGAAGCACCAUAUAUUUUGAAAAAAAUCAUUGGUGUAGACUUUGUAUAUUUUAUUCAAAGAAAUGUAUUGAAUAGACGCAAGAGUGUAUUAGAAAUUGAGGCGUACAAUGAAAGUUUCUCUUCUAGAGUAAUCGUUAUUGAGAAAUGUAGAUACUUUAUUCAUCCGGAAAAUCCGGAAUGGACUUGUUUCGAACAAACGGCAAGUUUGGAUAUUAAAAACUUUUUUGGAUUUGAGAAUUCAAUGGAAAAGUUAGCGAUGAAACAAUAUGCUCAAAAUAUUUCAAAGGGAAAAGAAAUAAUAGAAUAUUUCAUCAAUCAAUUGAAAGAAGAAGGUGUAACGUAUGUAGCACCAUGGAGAGAUCCAGAAGAAGAAACUUCCAAGGAAAAAGAGAAGUAUGUGGGUGAUGGUAGUGAAUUACAUAGUGACAAAGAAGUAUGUAAUGUCGAGAACAAGUUGUCUAGUAAUAGAGAGAUACAACUCUCAUCAGACUACAUAGAAAGAUAUUUAGGAAAACUAGACAUGAUGCAAGAAAGCAAAUUGAUACAAUUGCGACAUAGUAUAGAAGAAUUAAGGGGUAGUUCAGUACCAGCCGAUGCAACUCUACUAAGAUUCUUAAGGGCUACUGAAUUUUCAGUAGAAAAAGCUAAGGAUAUGUUGACUCAAUCCUUACAUUGGAGGAAAAAACAUCAAAUCGACAAACUUCUCGAAGAAUAUGAAACUCCUCAAGUCAUCAGAGAUUAUUUUCCAGGUGGUUGGCAUCAUUUUGAUAAAGAUGGACGACCAUUAUACAUUUUAAGAUUAGGUCAAGUGGACGUGAAAGGUCUCCUUAAGUCAACUGGAGAAGAUGAAUUAUUAUUAUUGGCAUUGCAUAUCUGCGAAGAAGGACUUCUUUUAAUGGAUGAAGCAACUACCGUUUGGGGUCAUCCAGUUUCGCAAUGGUCUUUGUUAAUUGAUCUAGAAGGUUUAAAUAUGCGUCAUCUUUGGAGACCUGGUAUAAAGGCACUUUUGAAAAUUAUUGAAAUAGUAGAAGCUAAUUAUCCUGAAACAAUGGGACGUGUACUCAUUAUACGAGCACCCAGAUGUUUUCCUAUAUUAUGGACCCUCAUUAGCACAUUCAUUCAUGAAAAUACAAGAAAGAAAUUCAUAUUUUACUGUGGUACGGAUUAUCAAGAACAAGGGGAAGGUGGUCUCAGCGAUUAUAUAGAUCCAGAAUUUAUUCCUGACUUUUUAGGUGGUUCAUCUGAGACCUAUAUAAUGGAAGGGGGAGUAGUGCCAAAACAUUUAUAUAAAGUUGACCUGGAGAAUACAGCUUGCGAACAUGAACAUAGCUUGUACCAUUCAAUCAGUUUGAGUCGUGGACAAAGUCAUCAAGUUACAAUCCAAUGCGAUGAUCCAGGUGCUGUUCUUACAUGGGACUUUGAUGUUAUGCGAUACAAUGUAAUAUUUACUGUAUUGCAUAAACCAAAAGAUUAUAAUAUUGAUCCUUCUACAGAAACUUCAGAAUUGACAUCAUCUAGCGAUCAUGAAAUAACUAUUUCAAAAGAAUCAAAAGAAGGUUUCUUUAAAGUAGAACCAAGUGUUGUAUGCCACGAUGGAGAAAGCAUUCAAGGUACACAUAUAAUGCAGGUUGCAGGAACUUACAUUUUACAAUGGCAGAAUCAAGAAGAACAAGGAGAAUUUCUACCUUCGAUAAGCUCUCAUAAGGCACAACUUAUGUACUUUUAUGAAACUUUACCAUCAGUACAUUACAGGGGAUCCAUGUUGAGUUUGCAAUCUGCAGUGAGUGGACGAUCUGUAGCAAGUUCAUCUUUAUCUAGAUGAGAAGCAAUCACUGCCAGAAGAAGCAAUAAUUGAUACAAAAUGAGAACCAGCUGAUACUGGUAACAUAAAUACUAUAUUUUUAUUGACGUCUAGGAGGA